AUGAAGUAUGAGUUCCUUGGUUUGAAUAACACAUUACCAAUGAUUGUUUUAGCAUUAUUGACUCAGGAGCAGAUCGAGAAGCUGUUAGAGAUAUUGCGUGAGUAUAAGCGUGCUAUUGGUUGGACCAUAGCAGACAUUCAGGAAAAGUGCCACUUCAUGGUGAAGAAAGGGAUCAUUCUCAGGCAUAAAAUCUCUAAAACGGGGAUUGAGGUCGAUCAGGCUAAGUUCAAGUUUGAUGAGAAGUACCAAAAGGAAUUCGAUGAAUUGAAGGAGUGUUUCAACACAACUCCUAUUAUUGUUUCUCCUAACUGGUCUCUGCCGUUCGAGUUGAUAUGUGAUAUGAGCGGUUUUGCUAUUGGUGUCGUGCUUGGACAGAGACAUGACAAAAUCAUGCACCCUAUGUACAAUGCUAGUAAAACAUUGAAUGCGGUUCAGAUGAAUUAUAUAGUGACUGAGCAAGAGCUGCUUGCUAUAGUCUUUGCUUUUGAGAAAUUCCAAGCCUAUUUGUUGGGGUCUAAAAUUGUAGUGUACACUGAUCAUGCUGUAUUAAGGUAUUUGAUGGCGAAGAAGGAAGCUAAGCCGCAGUUGAUUCGAUGGGUGCUAUUAUUGCAAGAGUUUGAUUUUGAGGUAAAAGAUCGCAAGGGAACUGAAAAUCAGGUUUUAGCAGUGACAGCUGAGGUAGCACCAUGGUAUGCAGACAUCGCCAAUUUUUUGGUGACGGGCAUAAUUUCUGAUGAUAUAAAGUCAUACCAGAAGAAGAAGUUUCUGUGGGAUUCUCGUAUGUAUUACUGGGACGAGCCAUACUUGUUCAGAACAAUUGCUGAUAACAUCAUUCGGUGUUUUGUUUCCGAGUGUGAGUUUUGCAAUGGAGCCUUCGCUGGGCUGAUGGAGAAGUAUGGUGUGAAGCACCGGGUUGCAACCCCUUAUCAUCCUCAAAUGAGUAGGCAGUUGAAGUCUCCAAUCGAGAGAUUAAGAGUAUAUUUGCCAAGACUACUAUUUUUUGGCAAAGUUUGUCAUCUGCCAGUUGAGCUUGAGCAUAAGGCCAUGUGGGCCUUGAAGAAGUUAAAUAUGGAUUGGGAUGAAUCAACUAAACUUCAGUUGUUUCAACUAAACCAGAUGGAUGAAUUCCGGUACCAAGCCUACGAGAGUGCAUCAUUGUACAAGGAGAAGAAGAUCCUAAAGCGAGAAUUCUACAUGGGUGAUCCUGUCAUGCUGUAUAAUUCCAGAUUAAAGCUGCUACCGGGCAAGUUGAAAUCAAAGUGGUCCGAUCCUUUUGAGGUGGUAAGUGUUUCACCCCAUGGGACAAUUGAAUUGAAGUCAGGAGAUGGAACUCAGAUGUUUAAGGUGAACGGGCAGAAGGUGAAGCACUACCAUGGUUGCAUUAAUGGGGAUAGAAAUGUUGAUAAGUACUGGUUGAAGCAUCUGGGAACGGAUCCUGAUUCGAAAUAA